AUGAGUUUGUUCGAUGCAGCCAUCUGGCUGUUCAUCUUUGUUGCAUGUGACACCCUGCAAGGGCUGCCUAGGGCGACAAUGGUCUGCAGCUUUAUUGCAUGUGCGGGUGCAGCAACAGACAGCUACAGGGGAUCGACUAGCAACUGGGCUGAUAUGCAGUGGAUACAAGAGAUUCAUCCCUUCUGUGGAAACCACACCACAAAUCGGAAACAACAUUCAGGCGCAUCGGGCUCAUUUCACAUUCUUGUAAGGGCUACCGACUCGGUGCUUCCUAACCUUGUGGUUCAUUGGGCCUACACCAAAAUACAUUUGCUAGAUUUAGUGGUCAGCAUCUAG